AUGGUGUGCACAUUUGAAUUCGUCAAAAACAAAAUUUUAGCUCCAUAUGAAACUCAUAAGCAACUCAGUAUAAGAGAAGCAGAAGCUUUAACACUAGACCUAUUACUAAUUUUGUCUACUGAGGAUAUAGAUGAUUAUAUCACUUUAAAAAAAAUAUAUAAAUUAUUCGAUAAGCAGUCAUAUUCUGAGUUAAUAGCCGAACGCAAUAUAAAUCAUAAAUGCGGCUAUCCCCUAUGCAGUGGCAAACCAAAUAGAGAGAAAGACUUGUAUGGGAAAACAAAUAAAAUUUUAGAUAAAUUGAAAAACCCAUACGGGUAUUUAACCAAUUACUGCAGUAAGUCCCAUUACCAAUGCAGCCAGUUUUAUAAGGCACAGUUACCAGAAGAUGCUCUUUUUUCAAGACUAGGUGACCAUAUAUUAGGACAGAACAUUGUUUCUCUAUCAUCGCCAACCGACAUAAAGUUAUUAGAAGAACUUAUUACCAGUGAAGAAGAAAUGAGGUCUUUAGCUGAUAACUUGUCAAAUGUACAUCUCGAGAACACAAAUACUGGAGAGCUUAUUGAUAUGAUGAAUAACUUUAAAAUUGUGGAAAACGGCUCUCCUAAAUUCUAUGGUGAUUUGGAAAAAGAUGAAGAAGGGGAAGGUAGUGCUAUAGAAUUAACAAAGAUACAACUAUAA